AUGGAGAAGCCAACGCCACUCAUCAACUCGUCCAUGCUGGGUCAGUACGUAGGCCAGACGGUGCGCAUCGUAGGCAAGGUGCACAAGGUUACGGGCAACACGCUGCUCAUGCAAACAUCGGAUUUGGGGAAUGUGGAAAUCGCCAUGACUCCCGACUCGGACGUCUCGUCUAGCACGUUUGUCGAGGUCACCGGCAAAGUCAGCGAUGCCGGGAGCAGCUUCCAAGCCAACCAAAUUCGAGAGUUCACCACAGUCGAUUGCGGCCAUGACGUCGACCUGACUCUCGUCGAGAACGUCGUACAGAUCUCGGCCGCGUUCCCAAAUCUCUUCUCCGACUCGACCUGA